UUUUAAAAUUUUGUUCACUUUUCUGCAUAUAUGCCAAGCAUAGUUGACAUGUCUGGUCGCAAGCAAAUAUAUAUGUCGGAUCUCGCAAUGUACUCUAAGACAGUAUAUGAAUAGUCGUUCGACGGUAUUCUGGCAUCCAGAGUAUAUAUAUAUAAACCUUAUAUAAGGAAACCUGAAUUUUCGGGAAUAGUCGUAUCGUGAUCCCAGACCCUCAAAACGUAAAGAAAAGUCACUCCCCGACCCAACUUCCACCAUCGCAACAAAUACAGUACUCCACUUUUCUUAAGAAAAGUCGGUAAUAAAAUCACAAUGUUUUAGAGUUUUUUGCGCUAAACUUGAAAAAAUUGAUGAAUUUUUCAUUUUUAUUCAUAUUCUGAACUUUAUCUGGAUUUGAAGAGUCUUUGAAUACUUUGAAGGCUACGACUGAUAAGGUAUUUUACGUAAUACACACUCGUAAUCUCAUCAUUACACCUCUGUCGCUAGAUGCAAAAUGUACGUCAUUAUGAGCGACCUAAUGUCGGGUCAAACACGUACAUAAUGAGCGUAUUAUAUCCCUAGUGUUAUGUGGCAAAGCCGCGAAACUCGCCAUUACGUACGACGUACGUGUUACGUUUGGACAUAAUUUAACAAAUUUAACCAGUGAAGUUUGGUCACUCAUAGACGCACAUUUUUUGCAUCUAAACAACAGAAGUGUAAAAUGGUGAGGUUACAAGUGUUUAUUAUGUAAAGCACCUUACAGUCUUACACUACGCGAUUAAUAAAGUGUGUGAUUAUGAACGAGUGCAAAGUUACAGCGCUGGUACUUUAUUAAUCUAGUAAUGUAAUGUACUAUUACUUUUGAAAAAGUGGGCAAUAUGUUUUGAAAUUUCACAGAAAUAGAUUUAAAAUGGUUCAUUUGCAGGUUCGUUAUUGUUACACAGUUGAAUAAAUAAUACCAAGAAGUGUGGGUAGGUAUACAUAUAUGUAGGUACACGCAUUUGGACAAUUUAAUUUUUAAAAAAUUCAAAAAAAAUUUCCCUAACCUUAACCCUUGACCUGAAAAAAAUUAUGGUAAUUUUUUUGGAACCCAUAACCAAAAACCCAAAUUUAGGAACUCGUUUUUUCUUGUUUUUUUUUUUUUUUUUUUGAAUUGAUAAUGGGGAAAACUACGAGACUUUGAAAUAUCUGGAGCUUUGUAGGUACGUAACGUACAAUUGCCAUUUUUUCAAAAAAAAAAAAAAAAAUAGUCAAUAUCAUUACAGCCAGCCCAAGAAAUUGAAGACGUCAUAACAAAAAGGGGUAUAUAUGACACAUAUGUCCUUUUUGAGACGAAUCCAUAUUGUUAUUCUUCAGACCUUCCUCUAUCAUAUGAGACCACCCCCACUUCACAAAGUCGAAAAACCAGUGAGAUAUCGCCAUUUUAAAACUGCGAAGUCGAUUGAAAAUUUACUUUUUCAGAGAUAAUGGGUUACUCAUGGUCGAUUUUGUGUUGUCAACCAUUAUUUACCUGGUUUGAAUCCAAAAAUUUGCUCAAAAACAUUUUUAAAUCAAUAAAAAAAAUUGGCCAAAAAAACUUGUCUUUUUUGUUGUUUUUUUUUUUACUCAACAUAUCGAUCUUUUUUCAGAGAUAAUGGGUUACUCAAGGUCGAUUUUGUGUUAUCAACCAUUAUUUACCUGGUUUAAAUCCACAAAUUUGCUCAAAAACAUUUUUAAAUCAAAAAAAAAAUUGGCCAAUUUUUCGCUUCAAAAAGGACAUAUAAUUUGAAAUGUUUGAGCGCUUACUGCUAACACACAGUUUCCUCCAGACCGAUGGUGCAUAGCAUUUCAUAUAGUUAGAUAGUGGGAAAAUCAGAUAAAAUCGUCACCAUGUUCAAAUAUGCACAUUUCUAAACUUCACAAGCACUCAAACUUUCAAACAGUUAUUUCUCAAAAUACAACUUUCACACAUAUGUCCUUUUUGCUAUGACGUCUUCAAUUGAUUUUUGUUCUAGUUUUGACUCAAUUACUCGUCCCUUUUCAACUGUUUUGUGGAAUUUUCUCACUGGAUUGGCGAAUUUUGAUUUCUUCAAAGUUCCUUUAGGCCUAUGCUCUAUAUUCAAGACUUGAAGUUGAACACAGGGCACAUCUAAUCGAAAAAAUUAUAAUCACAAAGGUUGUUCAACAUCAUGUCAAGUAUACUAGUAGAAUACAGGGGUUUCAAAUGCUAACUACCUACUUUCGCUUACCUACUUCCUUUCAACUUGAGUAGGUAAAUGAAAGUAAGAAAUUAGCAUCAAAACUUUUGCAUUUACACGAGCCCUAUGCUUGGAGUAAAGCAAAAAAUAAAUAAAAAUUCUCUAAAAAUCAAAAUUCGUCAAUUUAAAUCAGCUCAAAAGUGACAAGUUAUCUCUUUUUAGAUUUUUGGCGAACGUUUGAAAAAUCAAAAUUGACUGUUUUUGGUGAUUUUUGCUUUUUUAAAAAAAAGUACGUACUUGAUCUGAGUGAGUUCAGAGUUGAUCAGUAAACGAACCGAUUUUGGAAGAGACACUUCAAGAGUAAAGAGUGGUUUUUUGACCAGCCUUUCUUCAUGAUAAAUAUAUCCAAAAAAUCAAAAGCGUCCCAUUUGCGAGGAAAUUUUCGAAAUUUGCGCGGAUCGCUGUAUUUCGUCCAGAACUCUCCAUGAAAGCGAAUUCUGCCAUUUUCAGCCAUUCUGGAGCCUCCAGCGCGAUUUUUCAAUUUCUCCAGAAUUUUGAAUGCUCCAGAAGGCGUGAAUAUGAAGAUUGGGCAGUUAAAAAUCGAGUUGUGUGUUAUACUCGACCUGUUUAACGAAUUUAUUCACAUUUGAGCCGAUUGUGGAUGUGACACCUAAAGAGCGGUUUUUUGGCCAGCUUUAUUCAUAAUAAAACUAUCUAAAAAAUCAAAAGUUUCCUGUUUGAGAGGAAAUUUUGAGAAUUGGCACGAACCGCUGUAUAGAGUUCAGAACCACCCUCCCCCUCCUCAGUUCGAAUUUCACUGUUUCGAAUCGUUUUUGGAAACAGGGUGAUUUUCCGAAUUAUUAUGUCAUACAAUGACCAUACCAUCAUAUUAAAAGCAGGACAAACUCAGAAAAUCACACUGGACGCUGCGAAAAGAGCUCGAAGCAGCGAAAUUCGGUCAGGAGGGCUGAUUCUGAACUCGAUAACAGCGAUUAGUGCCAAUUUCCAAAAUUUCCUCGCAAACGGUAAACGUAUAAUUUUUUAGAUAUUUUUACUAUGAAAAAAGCUGGUCAAAAAACCACUCUUGAGGUGUCCCUCCCAAAAAUAUUUGGAUUUGAGGAAUAAAUAUCAGUUUUAGGACUUAUUUUGAUCAUUUUUACUGAUCAUAGUACGAACUUUUUUUUUUUUUUAAACACGAAUCACCAGAAACAGUUGAUUUUUAAUUUUUAAACAUUCGCCAAAAAUCAAAAAAUCAAGUUGGGCAGCUGAAAAUUUGGUUCUGGGGGUUUUAGACUGUGCUCUUUCCAAAAAUCGCGAUCCUGUUCAAAUCGGAGGGUGACACCUCAAGAGUUUCCCUUGUCAGUUUAUCACAUCGAAAAAUUUUCGGAUACUUACUAGCAAGUAGCAAUGACCUUACUGAAUUCCCAACAAUCAAAUUUAAAAAAAAAUAACAUACCUAUUUGAAAGUACAUAUUCGAAUAUUUAAAUCAUAUUAUUAGUUUCGAAUACAGAAUUCGGAUUGCAAAUAAUAUCUCGCUUGACGUUUUUGAAAAAAGUUUCAUUAUUUGUCCCUAAACCUACCUCUUGUAAUCGCUUUUUGGUUUUCAUCGCUGCUAUGGUACUCGAACUGCUGCGCCUUGUGUGCAAGCAUCCGAGAACUUUUUUAAUUUUUUAAUUUUUUUAAAUAGGUAAUGGGGAAGACUACGAGACUUCGAGUUAUCUGAAGCUUUUGUAGGUACAAUAGCCAUUUGCGUGGGUGAAAACUAUUUUUAUGCUUUUAAAAUUUUAAUAUCGGAAAUAUUUUUUUCAGGAUGUUAAUAAUUUUGGUUUAAAAAAAGAGAACAGGUUCACGAGAGGGCGAAAGCUCUUGAAAAUUUGUCUUUCGAGGGGUGUAAACAACUUUUGUCGUAAUCAUUUUUUUUAUUACACGAGCCCUACAGUUAGAAUAAAAUCAAAAACAAAUUCUAAAAAAAUAAAAAUUCAUCGAUUUUGGGGUAAAUUUCACAAAACAGUUCAAAAGUGAAGAGUUUUCUCUUAAUUUGAGGGGGGACGGGGGGUCAAUUUCACUCCAAUUACCAAUAUAAACACAGAAUCCCUAUUAUAAUGUUGACUCCAAGAUCCACCCCCCCUCCCCAGAAAAAUAUUUUUUUGAAAAAAUGCUUCAAAAUGCUCAAUGAUAGUGUAGUGAUGAAUUCGUCUGCCAAAUUACAGCUUCAUUUGUUCAGUACAACCCAAGAAAUUUAUUUUUAAAGUUCCAACGCAGAUUUCAGAUUGUAAAAUAAAGCCUACUACAGCUCAUACACUGUGCCUGCAUAUUUCUCGUUUCGAUGAAAAACUGACAAAAAAUGUGUUUCUUGGCUGUAUUUUGGGCUCAAAUCGUCAGAAUAAGGUGAAAUUUUGUAUGUGAUCGCACCCAAAGAUUAUUGAUGCGCCUGUGAACAGUUUUUUUCAAAAAAAUUGUUUUAGUGGGAGAAGGCUGAAUUUGGGGGUUAAUUUUAUGAUAGGGAUGCGGGGUUGAUUUUUUGGAUGCAAUAGAAUCGAAAUUUGAGUUCAGCGACCUCAAAUUAAGGUAAAACCCAUCUUUAACUGAUUAUCUCGGCGUAUCUUACCCAAAAAUAAUAAAAUUUUGAUUUUUUCAAAAUUCAUUUUUGCCUUAUUUUAAGAAAACGACUGAUUUAAUCGAAAAAAUGAUAUAAUGACAAAAGUUGUCUAGAAUGCUGAGUACUAGCGGGAUAAGUGAGUUUCGAACGUUAAUUUCCUACUUUUUUUACCUACCCAAGCUGAUAGGAAGGAGGUAGACGAAAGUACAUAAUCAUAAUUUGAAACCCCUGUAUUCCGCUUAGAUAAUAUAUUACCAAUGUGAAUCUAGCACUCUCAUCAUAAAUUUUACUCUCAAACCUACCCAUCGCCCCACUUGUUAUUGAAAAAAAAAAAAACAGCAGUACCUAAUCGAAUCCAAAUUUAUGUUCAGUGAGUUCAUAUUACUUACUUGGAGUUUUUCAUGUUUUAAUUUAUAUUGAGGUGUUUCCUCUAAAUGGACGAAUUUUGAUUUUUUUUUUCAGAGUUGGGUAUUUUAUUUAUUUCUUCAUUUUGAGCAUACAGUACCUACCUACUCUUUUGAUUUGAAGUUGAUAGGCGAGGUUUAACAAUGUUAUAAAAUAAUUAUUUAUUUUAAUUAGGUAGGUACUUCCAGUAAAAUUAUUACUCUCCGAAUUGUUUCAGUGUUUCAUGCACAUACCUACAAUAAACAUUUCAGUAGGCUACAUCGAUUAUGAUUCGCUUAUUCAUUUAGCGCCAAACAGCACAAUGGUUACCAGUAUUAUAAAAGAAUGUUUUCUUCGUCAUGUGAAUAUCCUGUUCUAAAAGUAGCGGACAACUACCUUCAAGGACACUCAAUCAGCUGGAACCACUAGUUGAAAAUGAUAAAAUAGGAAAAAUAACUGCCGAAGUGUACUCUAUCCAUUCCCGGUGUCAGAAUUGCUCCAUACUUCAUAGUUCCACCGCCAUGGACCAUGGAGCAUAAUGUGAUGGAAAACCGCACCCUCCAAUGUUACCCGGCGAUUUCAAUGUUACCCCAGUUUACGCCAAGAUAAAUGACGAUUUGACUGGUGAUUUGGUGGUGACACGAGGACAUAUAGGUGGCAAUGGGGUACCUGUUCACCCUCGUGAUCCUAGGACACCCGAACAAGUGGCUUUGAAAAGGAGAAUUUUACAUGGAGCUGAAAAUUUACGCGGGAGAUCAAAAAAACGAUUUUAUGACGACUUAAUUGAAGGGGUAUCUUCCGAAGUGGCAAAAGAGAUGCCAUAUCCGUCAAUUUUUUCUUCAAUAAAGAGUCGAGCGCAUAGAGCCGGAGAGCGAAUGCCUCCAACUAUGGAAGAUCUUCACGAAUUGAUAGAGGGAUCCCCUGAAUAUAGGAACACUGUAGAUGGAGAGCUGUUCUAUUUAGGAGGAAAUGCUGAAAACAUUGUAUUUGUUAGUCCCACCACCUCAGAACUCCUGAAUAUGCCGGGCAUUACGUACACCAUGGACGGUACGUUUAAAGUUUGUCCAAAAAAACCGAAAAUCUACCAGUUAUUUACUAUUGGGGCAAUGUUCAAUAAUACAUUUUUUGCAAUCGUCUAUGCUUUCAUGACCCGGAAAAAUGUUGAAAAUUAUACUUACGUUUUUAACUUAGUUAAAAAUAAGUAUGAGAAUUGGCAACCACAGCACAUAAUUUCGGAUUUUGAAACCGGAUCGCUGGCGGCAUUCAGUGACAUGUUUCCGGAUGCCCGCACUCAAGGGUGCUGGUUUCAUUAUAGUCAAUCGAUUGAGAAGAAAACAAAAUCAUUAAAGGCUCAAGGAAAUGAGGAGGUAAAACGUCUUGUGAAAAAAAUUAUGGCAUGGCCUUUACUUCCACUGGAUUUAAUGGAAGAAGGUUAUGUGCUGCUCAUUGCAGAGGCAAUAAUUCUGAACAUUCCUGCAGUAAACGUUCUUAUGGAGUAUUUAGAUCAACAGUGGUUUAUAAGAGUAGGAAUUCGAAGGUUGAAUGUCAGUGACUCGCCCUAUCGGACUAACAACCACCACGAAGCUUUCCAUAGGAACGUAAUGCUCCAUAUGACGGACACCAGGAGUGGGACCCAUCCGAAUGCCAAAGUGGUUUUACGUGGGAUAAGAAAAAUUGAGCAUGAACAGGCAGCCAAAUUCAAAGCUGCAAAGGAGGGAAAGAAAACUACUUUUCCUCAAAACGAUAAGUGGCUGCUUCAGAACCUAAGAAUUACAAAUGGGCUUCAGAAACUAGCGGAUCCUGCGCAGCCCGAAUACGGAAUUUUGGAAUUUUUGACUGAAAUGGCCCAUGCUCACAAUUUUCAUAUAAUAGAAGUAGAACAAAAUGUCAAUGAAGAUGGCGGAGAUGAAUGAAUAAGCAAGUACUAGUACUUAUGAGAUAUGGAUGUUCUCUGAUCACUCACAAGUUUCAUAUUAGCUGCAAUAUGUAUGUAGUAAGCAACUGGCAAAUUUUUUUGGCCAAAGAACUCACUUGGCUUUUUGAGAUACAUAUUUUCAUAGUUGCAUAAGAGAAGGGGGCCAAAACUCACUUAUUUUUAAGACGACUUGGGCUCAACAAUUUUCCACUGUAAAGUUUACUGGGUAUUCCCCAGCCCUCUCACUCCAAUAGGUUUAGUAAAAAUAUGAAUACAACUUUUUAAUCAUUCAGAAGUAACCUUGCAACUCAUCAUAGUGAGUCAAAAAUUUCAAGAGAAAAUUCAAAUAUUUCGUCAAAAAUGUUUUUCAAGUACUUACCUAUUUUUGGAGAAUUUAAAACCUAAAAUUGGAUGACGAUUCUCUAGAUUUCUGGAAAAGGUGUCAUGAGAGCUAUCAAAAUGCCUUAAAAUCGUGUUGGUAGCAACUAAAUGUCUGUUUGAUUAAAGAAUUUUGAGCUCAAAAUUUUUGGGUUGUUAUUAUAAGAUGUUUUUGAAAUUUCAAAUGUGAAGAUAUCGGUAGACAAAUUGAAGAUUUUUAUCAAUACUAUGUACUUUAAGCACUUACAAAGAAUUUCCAACUCAAAACUGGGCCAUGACUUUCAAGAUUUUUGAAAUUUAUAUGUGAUCCACCAAGUCAGUUAAAAUUUUGGCGAGAAAAGAAGAACUGGUAUAACGAUUUUUUUUAGACAAUUUUGGAGAAUUUUGAGUCCAAACUUACGAGGAAACCUCUUGAGGUGUCCGCCUCCAAUUUAAACGGGACCGCGAUUUUUGGAAAGAGCAUAGUCUAAAACCCCCAUAACCAAAUUUUCAACUGCCCAAGUCCAUUUUUCGAUUUUUGGCGAAUUUUUGAAAAUUUGAUGUUUUUGGCGAUUUAUGCUUUUUUAAAAAAAAGUAUGUACUUUAUCAAUAAAAAUGGUCAAAAUAAGUCCCUAAACUGAUAUCAAUUAGCCAAAUCCAAAUUUCACCAUUUCCAGCCAUUCUGGAGUCUCCAGCGUGAUUUUUCAAUUUCUCCAGAAUUUUGAAUUUGCUCCAGAAGGCGUGAAUAUGAAGUUGGGCACCUAAAAAUCGAGUUGUACAUUACACUCGACCUGUUUGCCGUGGAUAUAAAUUUUUGAGCACCAGGGCGACUUAAUCACGCUGCUUGCAUAAGCAUUUUUAUGCUGAAUUUGUUCAAAAAAUCAAAGGGGCACUCGCGUCCUGCUGUCUUUUAUUUGCGCCCUUGUAGGAGUUCGAUUCAUGUGUUAAAUUAAAUAGGUGCACUUUUUAUGAAUUUUGCAUCAGGUAUACCUCUUUAGCUUUUAUAAAUUGUUUGUUGUUUUCGUCUUUCAGUGGCGUAGCCAGGAUUUCCUCAAGGAGGGGGCAAAACCAGAUUUUUAGGCAUGAAAAAUCGAAAUGAGGGGUAAUUUUCUGGAAAUCUAUUGUAAUGUGUGGUGAUUUCAUGAAAAUGAAGACAAAAUUACUGCUCGAGCGAAGCGAGAGCGAAAAUUUUUGGAAAAAAUGGGUCCAAACAACGAAAAAACGUCCAUUUUUGCAUGUUUUCUUUCAAAUUUUCGCUCUCAAGGGGGGGGGCAUGGCCCCCUUCGCCCCCCCCCCCUUGGCUACGCCACUGUCGUCUUUUCAUUUUUUGAUUUUUUUACAUGGAAAAGUCCUCCUGAUUGUUAUGAAUUUCAUGUUUUUAUUUCUAUUGAGUUCUUGUAACUUUUGUAGAUAACUGUGAUCAUCUGUUUCUUUUCCCUCUUUUUGUGUGUUAAUUAUUGUGUAUUACUUUGUUAAGUCAACUUUUUCUCAUCUUCUGAGUUGUUUUGAAUAUUUCAUUUCUACUGUACAAUGUACAUACACAACUAUUUUUUUUUCGUUUUAUUUUUUAUUAUUUUAUGGCUGCCCCUUCUUCUGGUUGUAUACAUGAUCUAUGCAAUUUAAAAUUUUAAAUGAAGUAGACAUAUGGAUAUGGUGAGUGGAGAAACAGUUUUUUUUUUUUUUUUAACUUCAUUCUAAUAUAAAUAUGUGUGUACUUAUUGGUCACUUUACAUAAUUAUUGUAAAAAAAAAAAAUGAAAUAAAUUGAAUCAUAAAAGGAUAA